UAUCUGAUUCCUGAUUGAAACUAGCUAGUGAGGGAGAAGCCUCUACACACGCUUCUACUUUUUAUUUUAACAUCCUUGAUCAGUUUAGAUUUCACGUGUGCUUUGUUGGUAAACACAUAUGGCUUGCAGCAAACUAUCCCCUCUCACCAGGAUUUACCUGUGCAUCAGAAGCAAUGAACGUGGAUUUAUUAGGCUGAGAUCCACUGCUGCUAAACCAAAAGUACAGACACAAUCUGACCCCAAAGAGGAGCAUGUUGGUGAGAAGUUGCUGCAGCUGGGAUCCCAAGUAUAUCAUGUGGAGAGAAGUGAACAUCUUAAUGAAAAACCCUGCCCUGCUACUACAAUAAACUUUGCAAACACUGAGGAAGCUUAUAAGAGUAAAACCACAUUGGAACUACUGAGAAGUUCAAUAGUAUUAUGGCUUUGCUCUGUUGAUACACUUGUGGACAAGAAUCAGCAGAUUUUGAAUUUAUCUAAAAAGUUAUUUGGCCAGAAGCUCUUUGAGAAGAUGAUGAAGAUGAGUUUUUACGGACAGUUUGUUGCUGGUGAAGACCAGGAAUCUAUUAAACCGCUUAUUAGACGUAAUGCAGCAUUUGGCGUUGGAUCUGUUCUGGAUUACGGUGUAGAAGAGGAUCUUAGCAGAGAAGAGGCAGAGCAGAAGGAGAUUGAAUCUUGCACUGCUGAAGUUGAAAAGGAAAAUGAUGGUGCUGUGAACAGAGAAAAAAAAUACCAAGUACAAAGAGGAUUUGGGGAUCGCCGUGGUGGAGUCAUUAGCGCUCGGACUUACUUUUAUGCUGAUGAAGCAAAAUGUGACGAUCAUAUGGAGACUUUUCUCAGAUGUAUUGAGGCUUCAGGUGGAUGUUCGAAUGAUGGUUUUUCUGCUAUUAAACUUACGGCAUUGGGAAGGCCACAGUUUUUGCUGCAGUUUUCGGAAGUGCUCAUGAAGUGGCGAAGAUUCUUCCACCAGCUAGCUGCGGAACAGGGCCAAGCUGGACUAGCUGCCGUUGAAAUUGAGCUGGAACUUGAAAAAUUACAAGACAGCUUGGUGAAACUUGGAAUUGCUACCAAAGAUGAAAGCCUUAACUGGUUCACAGGAGAAUAUCUUGGUCUCUCAGGAACUGUGGAUUUGCUGGACUGGAACAGCCUGAUUGACAGCAGGACCAAGAUUUCCAAACUUCUGCUUGUACCAAAUCUGCAGAGUGGUCAGCUUGAACCACUUCUGUCUAGGUUCACAGAGGAAGAAGAUCUGCAGAUGAAAAGAAUGUUACAGAGAAUGGAUGUCCUUGCAAAGAAAGCUCUGGAAAAGGGUGUGCGGCUAAUGGUGGAUGCAGAACAGACCUACUUCCAGCCUGCAAUCAGCCGAUUAACAUUGGAAAUGCAGCGCAAAUUUAAUACUGACAGCCCAAUUAUCUUCAAUACAUACCAGUGCUACUUAAAGGAAGCUUAUGACAACGUCACAGCAGAUGUUGAGCUGUCUCGACGUGAGGGUUGGCAUUUUGGUGCCAAACUGGUGAGAGGAGCCUACAUGCAGCAGGAAAGAAGUCGUGCAAAGGAAGUGGGCUAUGAGGAUCCAAUCAAUCCUACAUAUGAGAAGACCAAUGAGAUGUACCACAGAUGUCUUGAUUACGUCCUAGAAGAGAUCCGGAACAACCACAAGGCAAAUGUGAUGGUAGCCUCACACAAUGAAGACACUGUGAAAUCCACUCUUAAACGAAUGAAUGAAUUGGGUAUUUAUCCAGAUGCGAAAAAGGUAUAUUUUGGACAGCUGUUGGGCAUGUGUGACCAAAUAAGUUUCCCUCUGGGUCAAGCUGGUUAUCCAGUUUACAAAUAUGUUCCCUAUGGACCAGUCAAUGAAGUCUUGCCAUACUUGUCAAGAAGAGCCCAAGAGAACCGUGGGAUAAUGAAAGGCGCGGCCAGAGAGAGGGAGCUUUUGUGGAUGGAAAUUAAAAGGCGAAUGCUUACUGGAAACCUGUUCUACAGUCCUAGGAUUUAGGAAGUUGCAUUCGGCUAGUAGUUUACACAGGCUGGCAAGGCAACUAAUUGUUUCUGUGAUAACGAUAAUUUGUAAUUCAUAUCAAAUUUAAUGUUAUACUUUUAGUUGUGCAUAGAAGAUCAUAACAAUUCUUUCUGCAUCAAAUAUGAUCUGUAUAUGAAAUGUGCUAAUAGCUUUUAAUAAUGUUCAAGCUUUACAGAGCGGAGUUCUCCAAAUUAAAAAAAAAAAAACAUACAUAUUGACAGGUCAUAUGACACCAGUCGUAAGAGCAGAUCACAUGAUACCAAUCCUAAAUAGAGCAAAAAACGGUAUUGUGUAAUCUUCACUUUUGAUUAUUUUUCUUUUAUCUACUGCCUGUUUCACUAAGUUGUGGUACAGAUUUAUGGUGUUUAGCUGAAUUACAUAAUAUGUCUUAACUCAUUAGACGGUAGGUUUAGACAUAUGUAUAUACAGUAUAUAUAUAUAUAUAUAUAUAUAUAUAUAUAUAUAUAUAUAUAUAUAUAUAUAUAUAUAUAUAUAUAUAUAUAUUUAUAUAUAUUCUGUGUGUGUGUGUGUGAAGGCUAUUAAGAAUUGGUAUAUACUGUAGAUCAUUCUGCUGAACCAGCCAAAAAUACUGUCCUUUUCUUAUCAAAUUGCAUUUAUUUGAAUUUUUAACUCCUUUAAAUGUUGUAUUUUCAUGUAUUGAUGUACCUAAUACUUUGGCUGUAAUCACUGUAAAUGUAUUUAUCAUAUUUAACCAGAAAAUAAUGCUGUUACAGUAAGUUUUCACUACAACCUUGAGACCAUGUUGUUACCUUGAAAAUCAUAAGACCUAUUUAUUGAAGCAAAAAAAAUAAGUAAAACUAGCUUGUUUAAUGAGGCAUGUUACAUAUAUGUUGCUCUGUUGAUGUAAUAUUUAACUAUGGGAUACUGUAUAUCCAAUUUACAACAUCUACAAUUUAAAUGUAAAUUAAAUAACAAGCUGAUUUUAUUUUUUAACUAUAAGUGGUAUUUUUAAAUGUAAAAUAUUCAGAAACUCCUUCCACCAAAAGCAUAAAUUGUGUCUAUGAAUAGUUAGUAAAGGGGGAGUCAGCUUAUAUCUAAACAGAAGUGUCAUUGAACAUCUUUGAUUGGUGCCAAAAAUCCAUAUUAAAUAUAGAUGCUUCUGAAGUGACCAAAAUAAUUGUUAUACCCAAUACAGGAUUGCAAAGAUGUUAAAAUUUAUAGUACAAAUACCAAAAGUAAAAGUGACCUUGCUUAGCAUGCUAAAUGUAUUUAUUCAGGUUGGCUUUGUCAACCAUGAGGACAUGCUUUAUUAUUAUGCUUUAUUAUUCUCCCAAUGAAAGCACUAUGCAAAAUGAGCUACAAAUUCAGGAGGAUAAGCAAAUACCCAUAGGUAGAUUUAAAAAAAUCUGUAAUGUGGGCUUCAAAGUCCCUUUUAUUAUUCCAUUGCCUAUAUACUGUGUGUAUAUAUAUAUAUAUAUAUAUAUAUAUAUAUAUAUAUAUAUAUAUAUAUAUACACACACAAUAUUGAUUACAUGCAAGCACUUUUAAAGUGUCAGCUUCUUUUAGUCUAUUAAUAAAAUACUUUGCUUUUUUAGUGCUUAGAUAAACUUUUAGCAUUUUUUGGUUUUGUUCAAGAUCUCAGAGUUCAAUUUGAUUUCAAUAUACAUAGAAUGUAUUUAUCUAUAGUAUUAUUAUUAUUAUUAUUUGCAUGUCUAUGACAUAAAAGCACCUUACAAAAAAACUUACUACUGAUGCUAUAAAAUGUUAUAAAUUUAUAUUCAUACCCAAGCAAUAAUGCUUAUCGUCUUUUAUAAUGAGGGGCUUGGUGUGUCAGUUAUUUAUUUUUGUUAAAUUCACUCCAGCUGUGUUCAAUAUACAUUUUCUUUACUGAUGUUUGGGUGGACAGUGUAAUUGAUGUCUGCAUUGUUCUAAUAAAACAGCAGAAUAUUCUAGAACAUAAAGGCACAUGACAUCCAAAAUAUUUCAUUCAUGUUUCGGAUAGAGAAAACAACUUUCCAAUUUGCUGCAUUCUCUUGGUAUCCUUUGUUGAAGAACAGCAAUGCACAUGGGUGAGCCAAUAACAUGAGGCAUAUAUUUUUAGCCAUCAAUCAGAAGCUCCUUAGCUAGCCUACCUCGGUAUACUUUCCAACAAAGGAUACCAAGAGAACAAAAAAUAUAUAAAAUAGAAGUAAAUUGGAAAAUUACAUGCUCUGUUGGAAUCAUGAAUUAAAAAAAUCAGUUUCAUGUCCCUUUAAAGCACUUCAAUUAAUUUUAGAUUCUUCCACUAAAUGUAAAACAGUGAAGUCUGCAAUUAUCUGUUGAAUGAAAUAAUGUAUUUAAAUGAAAUAUUUUGGAUUCUUCAAGUCUUUAAACAAAUGACACUAAUGUUUAGUGGAGGAUUAUGUAAACUAAUAUUGUGUGUAAUAGAUAAAUACAGUUUAAAGUAAAUGUUACAUCCAAUCAAAUGACUGCUACUCAUUUAGCAAUUGAUGUUUUACUGUACUACCAGUAUUUAUACCUUCAUUAUUUUUGGUGUUGUCAACAUUGGAGAUCACAUAACUUUAGAACAUGUGGCCAUCAUAUCAGCGUGCCCAAGCAGUUCAGAGAGUAAAUCUCUAUAAUGCACCAUUUGUCCUGAUUUGAUUUUAACUUUUUUUCCUGCAUGAUGUUUUAAGGCAAAAUUAUUAGUGAAUAAUGAUAAAAAAUUUUUAAAGAAAAUAAAAAUCUCUAGAGCAUAAUGCCAUGUGUCAGUUGAUGCAAUAUAGCCAUGUUUGCCAGUGGCAUAUUAGAUAUUUUAACUUUUUGUUAUUAUAGACUCUUAACAUAAACUUACAAAACCACCCUCUAGGCAUUCAUUUUGGUUUUAGAAUAGUGAAGAAUUAUAUUGUAAAGUUUUGUAUUUAAAUAUAUUGCUUUAUCUUUAAUAAUAAAAUAUAUAUUGCUUUAUCUUUAAUAAAAAUAAAUUAUUAUUGUG